GAUUUGCUCCUGUGUAUAUAUCAUAUUGCUAAUGGUACUCAACCAAACUCCUUGCAUGUGAUAGACGAAGAUGAAGAUACACAAUAGUAGCAUAUGCCCAGGAAACUUGGAAGCUUUCAAAUAAUGAACGGCAUGGCAAACGGGCUCAUACAAUUACAUACAUAAUGGGUACAAAUGCAUCGGGUGCUGCAACAGGUCCAAAUAUGAAUGAACAACACCUUGAAGACAAUCGAAUACCUAGAUACGAUGCCAGCCAUUUGGAUGUAUUAUUUAUUCAACGAAGCGAGCGCGAACUCAAUCAGGAGAUAUGUAAUAUCGGUGAAGUCUCUAGAAAAUUCAUGUGUUUUCUAAGACAUACAUGCUCGUGCAUGUAUGGUGUUGUUGUUGGUGGGGAAUAAAAAAACAGCGAACGGAAAAGGAAUCGAGUCCCGCCAUUUUUACACCAUCACGUAACCAUCCAUCCACUCCGUACACACACCAUGACGAACCUCGGCUCCUUAUCUCCUCUACCUCGACUGAAGCUCGCAUCAUUGAUGAAGCAUUCUUGCCACAAAGCCAUUAAUUAUAUACCAUAUACUAUUGAGAACGAUUAACAUCAACCAAUCUCCAACUUUAUCGCAUUUACAACAUACACACAUUUAUCACCAAACACACUGUCUCCAACAUCAAGAUGGGUCCUGCGAAGACCGCAAAUUUACCCAUUAUUCCCUUGGUGAAAGGGACCGUUCUACUCCCUGGAAUAGUCCUUCGCAUUCCAGUGUCUGGUCAACGAACGGAUAUUCCAGCUUUGCUCUCUGGCGUUUAUAGCAGAGCUGCUUCGACUACACCGAGUCAGCCAUUGGACAGUGUCCAUAUCGCCUGCGUUCCUUUGAACUCGUCCUUUCUCACUCAGGAUGGGCAAAAGAUGAUUACUGGAAAUGAGCAAACCCCGCAACCCAGAGAACGAUUAGAUGUUAAGCCAUCGCGAGCCACGAAGGAUGACCUGUUUGGAUAUGGAGUGGCUGCUAAGAUAUCGGGCGUUGAAGGCACAACUGGUCGUUCCGGGGAAUUCGCCUUGUUGGUUGAGGGUGUAGCCAGGAUCAAGCUGGAUAGCAUAACACAGGAGAAGCCAUUCCUCGAGGGAGAAGUUACAUAUUUAUACGAUGAAGAUGUGCCUACUGAAGAUGUAGCUGUCCAAGGACUUUUCGCACAUCUCAAACAAUUGUCACGAGACCUUUUGACCCUUUUACGACUUUCAUCCCUCCUCCCUCGUACAUCUGGUGGGCUUUCCCCAGUACUUGCCCGCCGCCUCGAAGUAUACAUAGCAAAGAAGGAUAUAUCGGACGCCGGAACUCUGGCAGAUUUCAUGGUGAAUGUGGUUGAAGCAUCGUUGGAGGAAAAGUUACUGGUUUUAGCAGCGCUCUCAACUAAGGAUCGCCUUGAGCGAGCAAUCCUUUUGCUUGAACGUCAAGUCAGCACUAUCAAAAACAACGUCAAAAUAACAACAGUCACAACCUCCAACAUCCCUGCAAACAUAGAUAUCGAUCAAUUUAAUAAAGUAAAUGGACAUCGUAUGCGAAGACUAUCAAUAUCGGGCGCGCCACUGCCUCCCAGUAUGGCAGGUAAUGGUGGGUCUCAGGAUGAUGAUCAAGAACCGGAUGAAAUGGAGGAGCUUAAGAAAAAGAUCGAUGGCGCAAAGAUGUCCCCUGAAGCAGCCAAAGUCGCCGACCGAGAAUUGAAGAGAUUGAAGAAAAUGUCACCAGCUCAAGCAGAGUAUCAAGUGUGUCGGAAUUAUCUGGAGAAUUUGAUUGAGAUACCGUGGUCCGAGAUGACUGAAGAUCAACUUGGCGUCGAUACAUUAUCGAGGGCUCGCAAACAACUUAAUGAUGAUCAUUAUGGGCUGGAAAAGGUCAAGAAGAGAUUGCUUGAGUAUUUGGCGGUUCUCAAACUCAAGCAAAGUAUCAAUGACGAUGUCAAUUCACAACUUGCCAAAGCAAACGAAGAAGAUUCAACUGCUAAGGUUGAAAUUCUCAAAAGUAAGAGGACAAUUGACAAAUCGCCAAUUCUGCUCCUUGUCGGCCCUCCUGGAGUGGGCAAGACUAGUCUGGCAAAGUCAAUUGCUACUGCGUUAGGACGAAAAUUCCAUCGGAUCUCUCUCGGCGGCGUUAGGGACGAGGCGGAAAUUCGAGGUCACCGCAGAACAUACGUGGCAGCAAUGCCCGGCUUGAUAGUGAAUGGCCUGAAAAAGGUCGGUGUGGCGAAUCCUGUCUUUCUGCUUGAUGAAAUUGACAAGGUUGGCACUUCUAACUUUCAUGGCGACCCCUCGGCUGCCAUGCUUGAGGUUCUAGACCCAGAACAAAAUCAUACAUUCACAGAUCACUAUGUCAACAUACCAAUCGAUCUUAGCAAAGUUCUUUUUAUUGCCACCGCGAACAGUCUAGAUACUAUCCCGCCACCAUUACUUGAUCGUAUGGAAACUAUUAGCUUGUCAGGAUACACGACACUUGAGAAAAGACAUAUCGCUUCGCAGCAUCUAAUCCCAAAGCAGAUUCGCACUAAUGGGCUCGGAGAUGGACAAGUCGAGUUCACCCAAGAUGUUGUGUCCAAGAUCAUCGAAUCCUACACUCGUGAAUCAGGUGUCCGUAACCUUGAGCGAGAGAUUGGAUCUGUAUGUCGUGCCAAGGCGGUAGAAUAUGCGGAGGCGAAGGACUCGGGACAUACGGAAAAAUACAACCCAAAGUUAUCUGUGGAAGACAUCGAGGAAAUUCUGGGUAUUGAGAAAUUUGAUGAAGAAAUUGCCGAAAAGACGAGCCGACCAGGGAUAGUUACAGGUCUCGUGGCCUAUAGUUCUGGUGGGAACGGUAGUAUUCUUUUCAUCGAAGUGGCCGAUAUGCCAGGGAGCGGUAGCGUGCAGCUAACAGGGAAAUUGGGCGACGUACUAAAAGAAAGUGUCGAGGUAGCACUAAGCUGGGUAAAAGCUCAUGCGUACGAGUUGGGUCUGACGCAUGACCCAUCGGAGAACAUCAUGAAGAAGCGGAGUAUUCAUGUGCACUGUCCUUCAGGGGCUAUCCCAAAGGAUGGCCCAUCUGCCGGUAUGGCACACACUAUUGCACUUAUUUCGUUGUUUUCCGGCAAGCCUGUGCCCCCAACUAUGGCAAUGACGGGUGAGAUCUCAUUGCGUGGACGUGUUACUGCCGUAGGAGGUAUCAAAGAGAAGCUCAUUGGAGCUCUCCGUGCGGGUGUGAAGACUGUAUUAUUACCAGCACACAAUAGAAAGGAUAUCAAAGAUGUUCCGCAAGAAGUCAAAGAUGGCCUGGAGAUCAUCCACGUCAGGCACAUCUGGGAAGCAAUGCGAUACGUCUGGCCUGAAGCACAUUGGCCGGGAGAGGAGAAUUUCGCGGGUAUUGAAAGUCGUUUAUGAUUCUGAUAAUCAUAUCAGAUCCGAAAUCUCCCGGCGGCACCGUGUUGUGUAAUCUUGACAGAAAUUGUCCGCUGAUAAAUUGCCUUUUUCUCGCUUCCUUGAAAUGAUAUGAUCACAGUUGGCGUUUCGAGCUGAAGCACAGAGUAUGUAAUCUACUAUUAUCUUGUGUAUAUUUGUUUUAUUUUUGGCGCGCGUUUGGGUACGGGGCUACUUGCUGGAGGGCGUUGUGUUGUAUAAUUUAGGGGCUCAAAAAUCAUCAUACCUGUAUAGGCAGUCGCCACUCUUUUCAAAACGAAUCGCAAGAUUUAAAUAGAAAUCUGUAGAAUUGGUAUUAUAUUGUCAUUCAAAUCGGCAGUACUUGCACUCUGUGAAAUUGAUGAAAACCUGCCA